UGGGUUUGGGCAGAAAUGUCCCGGAACCUUGUGUCCGGGAACGCGUUCGCCCAACGGAUGUUUCUCUCCGCGCGGUUUUUACGGCCGGACCUGGUGCCCCGCAGUAAGAUGGCGGCCGAGGGGGAUUUCCUGCUUCGAUACCGAGCGGUAUCUAACAAACUGAAAAGGCGGUUUCUCCGAAAACCAAAUGUGGCAGAAGCAAGCGAGCAGUUUGGGCUGUUGGCCAAGGAGCUGAAACAGGAGGAGUGCCUGCAGUACGCUGGCUUCUGUAACCUGGCUGUCGCACGGUGUGAGCAGACACUGUUCAAUGCUGCUGGGGAGGCCCUCGCUCUGACUGACGCUGCCAGGCUCUUCCUGCAGGCCGAGAAAGAGACUCAGAGACUCCAGUGCCCAGGUUUCGAGGAGCACCUGCAGGCCGCCACCAACUGCUACAGCUUUGCGAUAAAGGUCAGCUUUUGGACAGCGCCCACCCUGUGAUGGCCACGGCGGUAA